CGCUCCAGCUGGUUUGACGGCAACUGACCGGUUUGUUGUCGGCGUUGUUCUUUUAGUCCAAUUCCCUGCUGUCUGCUGUUGGACUCUGAAAUGGACAACUGGUCUGAAUCUGCCAAGGUCUCUUACAGACGCUGGACAAAUCCUGAUCUGGGGGAUGAGGCAGAUGUUGUGGGUCAAACUGAUGAGGACCAGGCCACAGACGCAGAGAUUUGCACUAUAGCCUCAGCACAGGCUGACUCAGGAGCUGCCAACAACUCUGGGACUAAUAACACAACUCAAGAAACCUUUACAAUAGAUGAUGCACUAGAGUCCGUUGGAUUCGGAAUUUUUCAAUGGAAAAUCUCACUCCUCACUGGACUGUCAUGGAUCGGCGAUGCCAUGGAGAUGAUGAUCCUCAGCAUCCUGGGCCCCCAGCUGCACUGUGAGUGGAGUCUCCCUGGAUAUCAAGUGGCACUCAUAACAUCAGUUGUCUUCAUCGGAAUGGGGUUUAGUUCACCCGUGUGGGGAAAUGUGUCCGACAAGUACGGCAGAAAAAUAGGUCUAACAAUUUGCAUGUGUUGGACUCUGUACUACGGCCUUCUGAGUGCCUUCAGCCCGCUAUACGGCUGGCUCUUAGGCCUUCGGGGCCUCGUAGGUUUUGGCAUCGGCGGAGCCCCUCAAUCAGUGACGCUGUACUCUGAAUUUCUACCGGUGAAGGCAAGAGGAAUCUGCAUCACACUGAUUGGGGCUUUCUGGUCGCUCGGUGCUGUGUUUGAGGUUCUCCUGGCUUUGUGGGUCAUGCCCACUCUGGGCUGGAGGUGGCUGCUCGGCCUGUCAGCUGCACCAGUAGCAGUCUUUGUUUGUUUCUGCUAUUGGCUUCCUGAAAGUCCUCGUUUUGAUGUGCAGUCAGGACACAAGGAAAAGGCCAUUGCAACCUUAGCACGCAUCGCUGAAGAUAACGGCAAGACGCUGCCUCAGGGAACGCUGGUCGACUAUAAACAGAAUGACAGAGGACAUAUCAAAGACCUCUUCACUCCUCAGUACUGGAGGACCACUCUUCUUCUGUGGUUUAUAUGGUUUGCUAAUGCCUUCUCUUACUACGGGAUCGUCCUGUUGACCACUGAGCUUUUCCAAGCUGGAGAUUUGUGUGGUGUGACCCAAGGGGCCAAGUCUGAACCCCAGUGUCGCUCUGAAUGUAAAUAUUUAACAUCAGACGAUUACAAGGACCUUUUGUGGACAACCUUGGCUGAGUUCCCAGGUCUUUUAGUCAUCCUUCUGGCUGUCGAUUACCUCGGGAGGAAGAAAAGCAUGGCCAUUUGUUUCUUCAUGUUUUCUCUGUUUGUUUUACCGCUGUUUGCUUGUAUAGGGAGGGUUACUCUUACAAUCUUCAUCUUCAUCUCCAGGGCCUUCAUCUCUGGGGGAUACCAGGUUGUUUUUAUUUAUACACCAGAGGUGUUUCCUACAGAAAUCAGAGCUCUAGCGAUGGGAACUUCGAGUGCUGUAGCGAGGAUCGGUGCUUUGAUUACACCCUUUGUUGCUCAGGUGAUGCUCAGGACAUCGGUGCCUUUUACGCUGUCAGUGUACUGCAGCUGCAGUCUGCUGGCUGGCAUUGCAUCCUUAAUCCUUCCCAUCGAGACAUGCGGCAGGGGUCUGCAGGAGUCAAGUGUCAUUCAAGAGACUGGAGGACAAACGGCAACAAGCAGACAGCCAAAUGGUACAACUCCCUCUAUGGUCCAGUGAGAGGUCAACCAGGAAGAAACUGUCCCUGUGCAUCCUCCUGCAGAUGCAGCAUUUGGUUGUGUAAUGAUGGGCUGAAUUAUCUGGAUGACGAUGAGCGGUGAAGAGCAGCUGACGAUGAGCUCAUUAUAUGCUGAAGGUCAACUGUCCAUGUCUAAUGAAUGGACGUUUGUUCAUAAACUGAUUUGUUUGCACUGUGGGCAUCUUUAAAUCCAGACUGCAGGAAAUUAAAGCGUCCAUCCUAUGACUGUUGAUUAAAAAAUUUUAUGUAUUUGAAAUUUUGCUCCUUUUUUAGACAUGAAAAAAGUUUUCAUCUCAAUACAGGAAUAUUUAAAAUUGUACAUUUGUUUAAUUUGUACCUCUAAGCAUGAUCUAAUCAUUUUGGUCACUUUUUUUAAUAGGUUUCACUGAAUAUGUUUAUGUUUAUGUAUUUAGCAGAUGCUUUUGUCCAAAGCGACUUACAAGUGAUAAUCAGCAUGUUGCCCUUGAGGCCAACAACAACAAUAACAACAACAACUUGACAUCAAUGAUGGAGAGGCGGGAACAAGGAGUGGACAGUAGAGAGGGGACGGGUGCAGGGAGGGUGCUAGUUUAGAAGAUGCUCUCUGAAGAGCAGGGUCUUCAGUAGUUUCUUGAAAAUUGAAAGGGAAGCUCCUGUACUAGUGCUUGGUAGGUCAUUCCACAUUUGUGGAACGAUGCAUGAGAAGAGCUUGGAUUGUCCUGAGCGUGGUGUGGCACGCCAUGCUAUGUAGAGUCGUGCUGAAAUGGAUGAAGUAAUGAUCGGAAAGAUGCAGCGGUGUGACAGAGAUUGUGUCUACGGCACAGUUUCUGGUGAAAAUAAGGUCAAGUGCUUUUCCAACUUUGUGAUUUGGAGGACUUUGUACUAGUUUUAGAUCAAAUGAUGACAGUGACCGGAAGCCUGAUGAGCUGGGAUUGUCCAGGUGAAUACCGUAAAUCCUCUAAUACAGGCCCGGGCCUGUAUUAGAGGAUUUACGGUAUUAAUGUCUCCAAGGACCAUCGUGGGACAGUCGUGCUCACGAAUGGAGGAGAGCAGGGUGUCAAGUUCAUCAAGAAAGUCUACGAAUUGACCUGGUUGGCGAUAUAUGGCAACCAAAAAUAUUUUUUUCAGUACAGUUACCUGGAUGGCUUGGUAUUCAAAGGGGUUGUAUUUAGUGAUGGGUAGCAACUGACUGUAUAUCCAUUUGUUGGAAAUUAACAUGCCCGUCCCACCACCUCGGCCAGAUGCACGAGAAGUGUGGGAGAAAGUGUGGUUAAUUGAGGGAGCAGAUGGGGUAGCAUUGUCACAUGGUUUGAUCCAGGUCUCAGUGAGAGCCAGUGCAUCGAGUGACAGGUGGUUUGCAUAUGCGGUAAUGAAGUCUGCUUUGUUUACAGCUGAUUGGCAGUUCCAAAGUGCCAUAGACAGGUGGGUGUUUUCGGGGGGGUUGGUUUUAGCGAGCGGAGGUUUUGAAGGUUGCGAAAGCGGUUUGCUGUGUGUGACCUUCCUCUGAAGCCAGUGAUCACAGGUAUAGGAUAAUGGCACAUUUUGCAAGGUGUCGAUGGAGCAGCAUCUGUAUAUGGUUGAUUAUUGUACUAGGCAUCUGCAGUUUACCUCCCCUGGUGUUUUUGACCAUUUCCAGUCAUUUAAUAGCAAACAAGUGUAUUACUCAGUUUCUUGAUUAAAAUUGUUUUCUCAUUCAUUCCAGACAUAUACACAUAUGAAAACUGUAUUAAUCAGUUUUUGUUUGUACCACACUGACUCUAAAAUAUAUUAAACGGAAUCUGUUAAAUUUAAUAGAGACUGUAUCAGAAAGGGAAUGGUUCUAGGGGUCAAAUUAAAGUCAAUUUUAGUUAUCAAAUUAUUUUAUUCAGCAGUUGCAUUUUUCCCUUCAGCAAACCUAUCUGCAAUUUAUUUUAGCUAGUUUGGACGCAAUAAAUAAACUUAGCUCAGUGGGAGGAAUGUACUUGGUAAAUUGUAAUGAAUGGCCGCCAAAAUUCUAGAUUUGUUUUCGAUCAGCGUUUGGAGAUUAUUGGAAUGUUUUAUUUUUAAUCUAUGUUCCAUGAACUUGUUAACUUUUGACUGGAUGGUAAAAUGUAUUACAUGAACUUAAGAGGUGUUUGGGUCAGAUGAUUUGACUUUUUACAUGUGUGUUUUUUAUUUGUUCAAGAGCCUUUGUGAUCACGAAUGACUUUUUUUUAUCUUUUAUUUCAUUCACAAUGUAUAAAAUAAACACAAACAAAUACAGGAUACAUUAACAUAUUGAAAAAAAACAUUUGAAUGAAAAGGAGCGGAUAAAAGAAAAAAUCUUAUGAUUUCUGCCCCUUUUUACGAAAUAAAAUUAUCCGCCAAACAAACACAGUGUAACCUCAGUCACUUUCUAAUAUUUUCAACCACCAUAUAAAAUAUUGCU